AGUGUCCAGCUUGGACAGUGUCCAGAGAGCAGCAGGCAGCGGCAUUUCUCCCAUCUCCGCUGUUUCUUCCGACCCUCCCCAACUCCCACCUCGCCCGUCACAGCAACAGAGCUCUCUCAACAGCCGCCUGGGCACAGGGUAUGGCUAUUCUGGUUUUGGUGGUUACGGCAGUUAUGGUGGCUACUCCAGUCCCAUGGGAUUUGGGGGGUAUGGAGGAAUGUACAAUUCACCGUAUUCAAGUUACGGAUCUUAUGGCUACAACAGAAUGGGCAACGAUAUGAACAGUUCAUUUGCCAGGCAUGCAGAGGAGAGCUCAAGACCAGCUUUUGAGUCAAUAGAAAGCAUUGUUUCAGCGGUGAAUUCAGUUGGCAUGAUGUUAGACUCAACAUUCCAAGCGGUGUAUAAUUCUUUCCGGGCUGUGAUUGGUGUGGCAGAUAAUUUCUCCCGACUGAAGACUCAGCUUGUCCAAGUGUUUUCUGCCCUUGCUUUCAUCAGAACUUUGAGAUAUCUGUUCAGGAGACUUCUGGAGUUGCUGCGACUGAGGCCGAAGGGUGAGGCUGACCGGCAGUGGAUGGAGGCUUUCAAGGAUGCUGCAGUGGCCGCGGCAGCAGCUGGUCCGGACGGUGCACCCAAGAAAAGCAGCUGGCCCAUCCUCAUGUUCUUUGGCAUUAUUAUGGGUGGACCUUACCUCAUCUGGAAGGUCAUCUCAGCCUUUUCAUCCACUCCUGAUGAAAAGGGCUGGACAACUGGCCUUGAUGACCAUUUUGUGGCCAGAGCUAACUACAAUUUCCAGGGGCAGGGUGAAGAGGAAUUGUCGUUCACUGCUGGACAAAAUAUCAAUAUUGCUCCGAAAGAGCUGCAGCCACGUGUAAGAGGCUGGCUAUUGGCCUCUGUAGAUGGGAAGACGACGGGAAUGAUUCCGGCCAACUACGUGACGAUCUUGGGCAAGCGCAGAGGCACAAAGAGUUCUGCCCCUUCCCAGCAGCAACCCCCGCUGAGACAGUCAGACAGCAGCAUGGCUUUGUCUCAGGAGUCGAGAGCGUUCAAUCCAGCUCCUCCUCCACAACUCGCAUCUUCUACAAUCCCAGAGACAGAACUGGAGUCUGUGUUUGACGGGACCACUAGUCUUCCUCCUUCGUCUGGCGCCAACGCCACCAUAGCUCCGGUCACAUCCUCAGCCAAUCAGGAUUUUCUCAGCUCAGCACGGAACUCGAGCAAUCAAGAGGCGUCGGAGAUCUUGAACGAUGUGGAUGAAGUCAGAUAGUGUUGUGUUGGUUGGGGGGUUUUUGGGGGGGGUUUUGGACCUGACGUUGGGUGAACAGACACAAAUGUUAUUAUAUCCAGAAGUCUGAGGUUUUUCUCUGUGGCCACUGAUUUUUUUCAUCAUCAAGUAUUUUCCUUUCUGCGAUUUAUUAUCUUUUCCACUACCGCCAGAUACCUCCUUUUCUCGAAAUCUUAUUUAUUUUCUCUGAUAAGUGGAUUAUUUAUGAAGAACCAUUAUUAUAAUCAUGUUGGGGUUUGUUUUUGUACUUUUUUGAAUGAACAUAAUAUUUGUUGGAAGAGAUAUUGAGCAGUCACUUGUUGGGUGGAUGGCGGGUGCUCUGGUGUGGUGUGCUCCUUCUUUCUUAUCAAAAUCUUUUGUCUUUAUCUCACCUUCUUUUGUGUUUGUUGUUGUUCUCUUGUAACACCUCUCACCUCCGGCACUUAUAUGACCUUACUGUGUUGCAAGUGCUGUAAAACUCUUUCUAAAAACAGAGUCACUUAGUGUCCGGUACUGUGGUACUGUAGCCAGUGAUGUUACAUUUGACGAAGUAUGUUGGUCAUUAGUGAAAGAAUGGUUAAGUAUCUGUCUUUUAAAAUUAAAAGGCACGAAAAAAAA